GCUGGCUCACUCACUCUCGUGGGGACACAGAGGUCGUCACACCACAGAGGGACUUACGGGCAGGAACCCAGGAGACAGGGGUUAAAAGGAAGCCCCAGGAACCUCUGAGGACAGGACCAACCUCUUCCAGGGAGACCAGGAAGCUCGGGGUGCCCGGGUGUCCAGCCAGCAGUGUGGAAGCCCUGGACCCCAGGACCCGUACACCCUCUGCUUCCUCUCUCUCUUUCCCUGACUCUGAGGCGUCGUCUCUGCUUUCAGAGUCCCUUCUCUUCCUGUAGCUACCUGCAUUUCUGACUCUUUCUGCCUCCCUGUCUGCCAGCCUGUGACACCUGUUGCCCCUUUCCCCGACCCAGGAACCCCUGGGCUGGUAGACUGCCAGCCCCCAGCAGGAAUGGGCAUGAAGACGCUGACCAUAGCUGUGGUCCUGAUUGUUGCAGCCUGGGCCGAGGAGAAGAACAAGGUGAUGCAUGGCGGGCCCUGUGAGCAGACGUCCCACCCAUACCAAGCUGUGCUCUACAGCUCCGGCCACCUGCUCUGCGGGGGGGUCCUCAUUCACCCCCUGUGGGUCCUCACCGCCGCCCACUGCAAAAAAACGGAUCUCCAGGUCUACCUGGGGAAGCACAACCUUCAGCAAAGGGAGAGUUUCCAGGAGCAGAGUUCGGUUGUCCGGGCUGUGGCCCAUCCUGGCUACAAUCCCGCCACUCACGACCAGGACAUCAUGCUGUUGCGCCUGGCACGCCCAACCAGAUUCUCUGAACACAUCCAGCCCCUGUCCCUGGAAAGAGACUGCUCGGCCAACCACACCAGCUGCCACAUCCUAGGCUGGGGCAAGACGGCAGAUGGCAAUUACCCUGACACCAUCCAGUGCGCAUACAUCCACCUAGUGUCCCGUGAGGAGUGCGAGCGCGCCUACCCCGGCCAGAUCACCCAAAACAUGGUGUGCGCCGGGGACGAGAAGCACGGGAAGGAUUCCUGCCAGGGCGAUUCCGGGGGUCCGCUGGUAUGUGGAGACCGUCUCCGGGGCCUCGUAUCAUGGGGCAACGUCCCCUGUGGAUCCAAGGAGAAGCCGGGAGUCUACACCGACGUCUGCAGAUAUGGCCACUGGAUCCGAAAAACCAUCCAGGCCAACUGACCCUGACAUGUGACACCCAACUCUUGACCUACGACCCUCACUUGCUGGCUGCAGAAUAUGUCUGACCAGGACCUUGCCUCCCCCCCCCCCCCCCCCCCCCCCCCCCCCCCCCCCCCCCCCCCCCCCCACCUGCCCAGACCUGACCCUUAACGCUUAAUAAAGGCAGUGACGCGACAGCAAGAACCCUCCCUGAUUUUAGCCCAUCCUCACACCACCGGGUGCAAGUGGGGACAUGGGCUAAGGUCUUACCCCCUCCACUAGAGAACAGAGGAAAAUCCUUUCCAAGCUUCCCUCCCUCCCUGAUCAUCCCAUGGGCUCGAUCUCUUUCUGCAGAGGAGUGGCCGCAAGUCUGGCCAACCCUGAGCUGGAAUCCCAGCUCUGCCGCUGGCUUGCUGUGCACCCUCCGGAGGUGCCUUCCUCGGCUGUGUCGAUUUUCUCAUCUGUCAAAUCAAGAUAAUAAUAGCGUAUUUCCCAUAAGGCGGUGGCUGUUGUUGGGCAGAUUGAAAGUUUCGAAUAUGUGAAACAGGUGACAGUGCCUGGCACACUUGUGUGAGCAAUAAAGAGCGAAUUUUAUUACCA